UCUCGUAUCAGGACAGCCACUAUCAACACCAUUGAGAGACAAACGCAGCAUAUCUGUACAUUAAUUAAUGAGAGGAAAGAGACACUGAUAUCAGAAGUUAAUUCUGCUUAUGAUCUUAGAAUGACGCAAAGAGAGGUUAACAAGGACAACCUUGAACUCCACCAUGCCUCCUUGCAAAGUGUCUGUGACUUUGCCCAACAACUUGUCGCAAAUGGCACCGACUCUGAUAUCAUGGUUCAUGCAAAGUCUCUCACAAAUAAACUGACAACAAUGGAAAACAUACCAGUACCAACACCAGACACAACUGCAGAGAUUUCUUAUAGUCCUGGUGAGAUAUCUACUGCUGGACUGGAAGCCAUGUAGGGCAGGUGAAAGUACAGUCAAACCCCCCAUCAGCUAGGCAGGGAACACAUCCAAAAUCAAGACCCAGUCUUCCCGUUUUCUUAGAGAAGGCAGAAUGUGUACAUUCCUUCACUGUUAAACUGAAAUUUGAAAAGGAAAAUGUUAUCAUAUGGGGGUUAGCCACAGAUGAGCAAUAUAUAUAUGCUACGGGUUAUAGAAAUGACAUAAUAAUAGUAUUCACACAUGCAGGUCACUUCAUGUUUGGCAUAAAAUUAAAGAAACCUUUUGAUGUAGCUGUGUCACAGACUGGUCGCAUGUAUAUAACAUCAAUAGGUGACAGAUGUGUCAAAGUGUACUCAACCAAAGGUAAACCGGUGACAACCAUGGGUCAGGGUCAACUGGAAAAACCAAGUUGUAUCACAAUGAAUAGACAAGGUAAUGUGAUGAUUUUUGAUGUGGAAAAAGAAUCUAUCCUCACAUUCCACGCAGGCAGUGGGCAUCUCCUGAACACUAUUCGACUCACUAUGUGUAAAUCCCCCACUUUCAUCACAGUGAACAGUGCUAACGAUAACAUUGUGAUAUCAGACUUGGGCAACUGUGUACAUGUGCUGUCACCUACUGGUGAUCAGCUGUACCAGUAUGGCACAGAGGGCAGUGGUGUUGGCCAGAGUUUACCAGGUGGAGUGUGCACAGACAGCUAUGGUCACAUCUUCAUUGCUGAUGGUCGUAACCAUAGGAUUGUAGCACUGAGUCCACAAGGACAGUUAAUCAAAUACAUUGCCACUGAGGAUGAUGGGUUGAAACACCCCAUGGCAUUAGCUAUUAACCCUGCUGGCCUGCUGGUGGUGGCAGAGAGAAGGGGUAUAGUUAAGACAUUCCUGUACUUACAAUAGAUACACUUCACACAAAAUGCUAAGUACACUGACAAUGAUGGUAUGCCGUUUAGAACAAGAAUCAAGACUGCUGGUGGUAGCAGAGUCAAAGAAUAAUUAAUUUCAGGUAUUUUAGAAUUUACAAUUAUAGCAUUGCUCAUCUAUUGUGCACUGAUAACAUUAUGAUUUUGUUGAAAUCUUAUUUUAAUACUGUAUGAUAAAUUGUAAAUAACAAAAUUAAAUAAGAAUCGCCUGCAACUAUUUUAAAAGACAUGUAGCAGUUAAUUAAUUCAAAAUAUUACAUUUAUCAAAUGCAGUGCUAUGCCAAAGAUACCAUGGUCUUUUCAAUAUUGUUUGAUGUAUAUGUCUAUUAAAAAGGCACAUUCAAAUUAACAGACAUGUGAAUGAAUUCUAAUAAUGUCAUUGCAGCUUGUUUGUAAUAUCACAUAAUAACAUUAUUAAUCAAGUAAGAAAAAAAAACAAUGGUAUGAAAUCAUUUAUCACAAUUAUUUAUUUUGGUUGUCUCAAUCACCUUUUUGUUAGUUAUAAAAACAUAAUUUAAAUUGCUUUAAUGAACUAAAGCAGUGGAAACAUUAUUGUUGAUACCCUCGUGUAGGCAAGUCAA